AUGUCGCGGAAUUUAGCCGCGUCGCCGAGCUUAUCAGAGGAUGCAAGUGAUGAGCAGUCCCAUGAUUCCAACGCCGGACCUCCACCCCAAGGCUCCAGAUCAGGCUCAUCUUCGAACCGGAAUAAUAAUGGUCCUCCACCAUCGCCGUCUUCAGGAUCUGGGGGCUCAAGAUCCUCCUCAUCGUCUUCCUCUAAUAACUCACAAGGUUCGCGUUCCUCCAACUCUCCUCCACAAUCAUCAGAAUCAGAUUCAUCGCCAUCGCCGUCAGGGUCGCCCUCCCGCUCUUCUUCGAAUGAUGAAAAUUCCGACUUUUCGUCGCCUCCAGCUCCGCCGUCUGACUCCUCCUUUGGGGACAAUGAUAAUUCCAACUCUUCGUCACCACCGCUGCCCUGGUCCCAGCAGUCAGAAGGCUCAAAGCCUCCUCCUUCUCCACCGUUGCCCCGGAGCCCUCCCGCACCAUCAUCAUCCGAAGCCUCUCCGUCUCCGCCGCCACUGCAAUCGAGUAAUCAGCAAGCAGAAUCUCCACCUUCUGGUGCUCAGCCAUCGCCUCCGCCGCCAGCAAACCAUUCGGUGGUCUUCAUUCCGAUCGUGUCGUCGUCCAAUAGCCAUCCCGGAGCACCUCCCGGGCUUGUCACCACCAUGGCACCGCCUGGCGCCGUGGGUGUGAUGUCUUCUCACCUCCCAGGUUCCAUGCCCGCUGCACAAAGCGGCACCGACAACGGCGCCAUGCAGGCAGCUGCUGGUUCAUCGGGCACCACAGCUUCAUCAUCGUCCUCACAACACUCCCCCGUCGACUCAUCGCCAGCAGUGAGUGGCCAGGUUGCCGCCGCCAUUGCCGGCGCUGCGGUCGCGGGUUUGUUGUUUGUCAUCAUAGCCAUUGUCUUCAUCGUGACGAGGAAGAGAAGAAAGGUGGAUGGACUGGUUUAUCACUCGGAUGGGAGCUUCUACAUGCAAUCGUCGGGUCAACUGGUGGGUUCGAGCCGCCACCCGUCGGGGGUGCUGUACGCGGCGCCGCCGGGAGCGUCGGGCGGGUUCUCGUACGGGCCUCCGGGCACGACGGACAGCUUCAGAGGAGGAGCACCGGCCGGGUACUACCGGUCGGGCAGCAUCGAGGCGGCGGCUGCGGCUGCUGGAUCCAAGUCUUCCUUCAGCUAUGAGGAGCUGACGAGCAUCACCAGCAACUUCUCUCGCGACAACGUGAUCGGGGAAGGCGGGUUCGGGUGCGUGUACAAAGGGUGGUUGGCCGACGGCAAGUGCGUGGCCGUGAAGCAGCUCAAGGCCGGCAGCGGGCAGGGCGAGCGCGAGUUCCAGGCCGAGGUGGAGAUCAUCAGCCGCGUGCACCACCGGCACCUCGUCUCGUUGGUUGGGUAUUGCGUCGCGCAGCACCACCGGAUGCUCAUCUACGAGUUCGUCCCCAAUGGCACCCUCGAGCAUCAUCUGCACGGACGCGGUGUGCCGGUGAUGGAUUGGCCGACGAGGCUGAGGAUCGCCAUCGGGGCAGCCAAGGGGUUAGCGUAUCUGCAUGAAGAUUGUCACCCGCGGAUCAUCCACAGGGACAUCAAGUCGGCCAACAUCCUGCUGGAUUACUCGUUUGAAGCACAGGUUGCGGAUUUCGGGCUGGCGAAGCUGUCGAACGACACCCACACGCACGUGUCGACGCGCAUCAUGGGCACGUUCGGGUACCUGGCCCCGGAGUACGCGUCGAGCGGGAAGCUGACGGACCGGUCGGACGUCUUCUCCUUCGGCGUGGUGCUGCUGGAGCUCAUCACGGGCCGGAAGCCCGUGGACCAGGACCGGCCGCUCGGGGAGGAGAGCCUCGUGGAAUGGGCCCGCCCGGUACUGGCCAGCGCCCUGGAGACUGGAAACCUGGAGGAGCUGACCGACCCGCGCCUGGAGGCCCGCGGAGGGUACAACAGGGCCGAGAUGACGCGGAUGGUGGAGGCCGCCGCUGCCUGCGUCCGCCACUCGGCCCCCAGGCGGCCCCGCAUGGUCCAGGUGAUGAGGGCGCUGGACGUGGACGUGGACGAGGGGAGCAUGUCGGACCUCAGCAACGGGGUCAAGGUGGGGCAGAGCCAGGUGUACAGCAGAACGGCCGGCCAGCAGGAGGCCGCCAUCGAGCAGCUCCGGCGCACGGCCUUCGCAUCCGAGGAGUUCACGGGCGAGUUCGAGCAGUCCAGGGAGUACGAGUACGACGACUCCGGUACCACGAUGCGCCGGGGACCGCCAGUAGGGUGACGAUAUCGAUCAGGCCGCAAUUUACUGCGUAGCUAACCCUUUUUCCCACUGUUGUAACAAUAUUUAGACUAGCUAGUCGCCACGGACCCCGUGUGUAUUCUCACAGGCUAUUGAUACGUUAGACAUUUGUACAAUGA